AUGAACGGGCAGGUGCGAUCGUCGCGGGAGAGGUUAGGUGGUUUUGGUCCCGUGAACCUUGGAAUAUUUUCCGGGAUGAUCGCCACGGAUCGUGUUCCUACCAUCCAAUCAUUCAACUCGGAUGCCGAGUUGGACGACACCAUGGCCGUGACAGAGGUUGACAGCAAAGUCAAGACGAAAUUGCUCUCUAUGUGGAACAAUGUUAAAUAUGGUUGGACUGUGAAGAUGAAGACGAACUUCUCCAAGGAAUCUCCCGUGUGGUUGCUGGGUCAGUGUUAUUUGAAGAAGUCGGAGUAUCCCUUGGAGAGAGCGUCGGAAGCAUUAGAACCAGUCGGAACGGGGAGCCAAGUCUCGUUGGCGAUGGAUGCCACGAAUUUCGAGAAUACCAUAGAGGAAUUCAAGAGGGAUUUCAUGUCGCGCCUUUGGUUAACAUACAGACGAGAAUUCCCGAUCUUGAACGGCUCCACCUUUACCACGGAUUGCGGUUGGGGCUGUAUGCUACGCAGCGGGCAAAUGAUGCUGGCACAAGCGUUAGUUUGUCAUUUCCUCGGACGAGAGUGGAGAUGGCGACCGGAACAAUCGACUGACGAGAGCACUCAUCGGAUGAUCAUCAAAUGGUUUGGCGAUCAGCCAACACCGGAGUCCCCGUUCUCCAUACACAAACUUGUGGCGCUCAGCGCUUCGACGGGGAAACGCGCGGGCGAUUGGUACGGUCCUUCUUCGGUCGCGCAUCUCUUAUGUCAAGCUAUGGAACGCGCCAGCGAAGAUCCCAACAAUAAGCUCAAUCAGUUGGCGGUAUACGUCGCUCAAGACUGUGCAGUGUACAUGCGAGAUGUCGAGAAUGUCUGUUGCACUCCUGACGGUAGACGGAAGGCAUUAAUACUCUUAGUACCCCUGAGGCUCGGCGUUGAGAAGCUGAACCCUGCUUAUGCACCCUGUUUGACAGCACUAUUAGCAUUAGACACCUGCAUCGGCGUGAUCGGUGGCCGUCCGCGACACUCGCUUUACUUUAUCGGUUAUCAGGACGAUAAACUGAUCCACUUAGAUCCGCAUUAUUGUCAGGAGACUGUUGACGUCGAAGGAAACGAAAAAUUCCCGUUGACAAGCUUCCACUGCACGUCGCCGCGAAAAAUGUUGCUCUCGAAGAUGGACCCCAGCUGUUGCGUAGGCUUCUACUUUCCUGACAAGGAGUCGCUCACCGACUUUAUGGAAACAAUUCAACGGUUUGUAAUACCUAACCAGAACAUAGACUACCCGAUGUUCCUUUUCUGCGAGGGAAGCGGAAAGGAUUUGCAGCAAGGAAUCGAAGUAGUCGAGGGUCUUCUGCCAUCGCCAAGCCAGUUUGGUCACGAGAGUGUGGAAGACGAUCUAUUCGAGUGCGAGGAGUUCGAGUUGUUGCAGUAAGAUAGGAAAAAAAUAGGACAAAAGAAACAGACGACACGCGGGGAUAUGAUACACGUGAUUGCGUGCUCAUCCGAACUACUCUCGCGAGAAAUUAUCUCUGCGUCUCUAUCUGUUCGCUCAAUACCUCGCGACAGUAUACUUUUCGUACAUCCGCUUUUCCAGAUCGCAUGUAGAAAAACGUAGAAAACCCGAAUCGGAUAUAUCUGGAAAGAAUGAAGCAUUCAGUAUCGUAGCGGAGAGCGACGCAUUCCUAUCGAUCUCAAUGCGUAUACGAAGACAAGCUUUGAAUUGACUUUCAAUGACCAGUUAUUGUUAUUUAUUGAUCUGUUCUUUUUAACUGAACUUUUUGCAUAGUUUAACUUUUAUCUUUUUCUCCCCGUAGAGGAAAAAGGAGAAAAAAUGAACUGCAAGAAGUUUAGCUAAAAGACGAAACGGAUCUUAUGAGAUAGGAAAUAAGAAAGCAAAAUUAUUCCCGACUUUAGUACAAGUUAUUCGAUUAAGUUGAUUCGUUCGUCUUUCCGAUUGUUUAAUAUGUAAUAUAUAUGUGUGCACUUAUGAUAAUGCACAACUUUUUUUAUCUGGUUAUAUAUAAUCUCGAAAUUCGUUAAUAACUUUACAUAUCGGUUAUUAGUGAUAAUUAACUUAAUAACUUAAUUUAAAAUGACUUAAUAUUGCAGUAGUCUAUUAGAAGCGAAUAUUUAUUUUGAUGUUACAACGAGAUUUUUGUCAGUCUUGAAAAUAUCUUACGAUGCGCGUUAAAUUUCAUUGUUGAAUUAAAACUUAAAAUUGUAUUUUGCGAAAUUCUCUUUGACUGUGUUGUUACGAAAAAACACUCGCGCGAAUAAAAGCGCGAUGAUUCUCAAGUCUGAUUCAUUUAAAGAAAAAGUAUGUUAAGACGUUUAUUUAUUUAUUUAUUUAUUUAUAAUCAAAUUACUCUUGAGUAAUUUUUCUGCUUUGAAAAGGAAAUAAUGAAGGAUUUGAAAAACGUGAACAUGAUAUAUACAGGGUGAAGUAUCUAAUGGUGUAUGCGUCUAAAUAUUUAUUUAGAAAAUUCAAUAUCUGUGUAUCUAUUUAUAGAUAUAUGAAUAAAAAUAUUUAAAAGCGUAUAUUUGAAAAAACAAUAAGUUUUUCGAAUAUCAAAAAUUACGUCCUUAAACGAGUCUAUUUUCCUCGUUAUACUCUAAGCUAAAUUACUUCGUCUUAAAUAUUUUCAUAAGAAACAAUAAAAGCAUUUACAAUAAAGUAAAGUAGAAUAGAGAGAAUAGACUAGAAUGAAAAAUUAAUUUUGCGCUUCAGAAUUACUCGAGCGCUAAAAAGCAAGAUUACGUGAUAUGUGCAAGAUGACAAAUAAGCCUAAAGUAUUCUCUAAAGUAUAAUGUAGAUUUAAAAAUAGAAGAAAAUUUAAAAAAAGAAAAUUAUAUUAUUAAAAAAAUCAUUUAGAGCACUCCUUUAGAUGCCUCGCACUGUAUAUGUAUGUAUGCGUGUGUAUAUAUGCAUAUGUAUAUGCGUAUAUUGUACUUAUACUGUUGAAUAUGUACACAACAUUGUUAUAUAUCUCUCUUACAACUGUAUAACGCUAUAAUACGCUCGAAAUAAAAUGAGAAAUGUGUGAUUACGUCA